AUGCUUUUCGGCUAUAAACAGAAAAAGCCGUAUUCGGCCAUCACUGUUCAAAUCGAUAGACUCACCAGUGAGCAGUAUGAAGUUGACGAUUCUAGCGGAAUUGUAGACCUGAUCGAAGUGAUCCGGCUUCAAGCUAGUGGUCCGAGCGAGGCCAGUCGAGCCCUGCGGAAAAAAUUGAAAUAUGGGUCUGUGCAUCGCCAGCUACGAGCUCUGACAAUUUUAGACUUUCUCAUCCAGAAUGCUGGGGAAAGAUAUCUCCGAGGUUUCACAGAUGAGCCACUGUUAGAGCGGCUCCGCGUAGCCGCCACAGAUCCAGUUUCAGACCCUGAAGUAAAAGAAAAAUGCAGGCAAAUGUUCCUGCAGUGGUAUUCCUCCUUCAAAGGGGUUUCUGGCAUGGAACGAAUUGCCAACCUCCACAGGCAGCUACCCCAACGGAAAAAACCCAUGAAGCAACAACAAUCGAAAGUUCUCAAAGAAACAGAAUUGCAGCCAGACACCCCUAUAGGCCAUUCUGUAUCUAUUACGGCUGGAAAUGGCCCAGUCACUCUAUUAUCAUCCCCCACAUCGUCGAGGUUCUCCAAAACAGGCCGGCCAAGCCUGUCCAAGACAUCAGAGGACACAUCUCACCGUGGAAUGCCAUUCAAUCUAGAGAAAGAGCGGCCAGAAAUUCUGCAAACAAUUGCAUCCUCAUCCAUGGCAAGCACAAACUUCAUGAAUGCACUGAAAUUGGUCAAUCGCGAGCAUCAUCGCGUAAGCGAGGAUCCGGAGGUAAUGAGUCAGUUUGAAAAGUGCAAGGAUCUGCGGCGGCAAAUAUUAAGAUACAUCCACCAUGUCAACAGCGAUGAUUUCCUUGGCAGUCUCAUUCACGCUAAUGAUGAACUGAUAAAUGCCCUCAUGACCUUUGAAGUUCUAGAUAAGAGCGUCGAUGACGAUAGUGACAGUGAUAGCGAAGCUUGGUUAGAAGAAACUAUGAAUCCAAAUAGGGGUACAAGCGAUGAACUUUCUGCACUGACUCUUGGUGCCACCACAAAGCCUCCACGGCCUCCACGGCCUGCUAAACCUGAUAACCUUUACUACAACCCGCGGUUGUCGGUGCCUCAGGGAAAGCAAAGAGAAUUACAAAGUCAGAGCGAAGACGAGGACACUGACGAGGAGGAAGAUAACGAGGACAACCCGUUUGGAGACAGGAACGCAGUGCAUACUCCAAGUCCCGAGGAAUCUGGACUUCCUUGGUCAGAAUCAACACCUUUUAAAUAG